UCCGACCUGAAAGAAAGAAAUCCGGACUCAGAAUGCGUCUUCCAGCAACCGCUCCGCCGAAGUAUUACAGCGUCCAAUGAGCAUCUGCUAGAGAUGACGCGGUGCACCAAUGAUGUGAAGGGGCAGAAUGAAAUGUCUCCGGGUAAAUUCUGUUGUCAGGAACCCCAAACCCGCCCCUAUGACAGUAAGCGCGAUCACAUGACCAUAUCCAACGCGCAUGGCUCUGCGUCCUUCUCCUCCCCUGACUCUUCUGUUAUUGCCCCUGUUACUUUGAUAUCCGUCGGUCCGGUGACAGAAGCGACCUGGAAUCAUGUGAUCUCCCCUGGUGUAAAUACUGAUCACGUGACUUCUCUGAGAGGUAAUACCGAUCAAGGAAGCGGAGACUACAUAUAUCGUCACCAAUAUCACGCCCUCCUGCACGUGACUGCUAAACCCCGCCCUCUGGGCAGUCAGCUGAUUUCGGGAUCACAUGACCGGAAGAAGCAGUUGUCCGAAUGCGGCCUCCUGUCCUUACAGAUUCCGGGUUUCGUCAUUGAGAUGUCCUGUGAGAGAAUCCCGAGUCCAGACAGCAGGGAGGUGAAGGAGAAAAUAACGAAGAAAUUGGCGUCUUCGCUGCGCGCUCUGCAGAUCCGCUACGUGACGACGGAUGAUGUCAUCACCAGCGAUGAUGAUGACGCCAAUGGCUUGUGUGUGGCCCUGGAGGCCGUGUUCGUUCAUGGACUAAAGGCAAAGUUUAUUAAAGUGCAGACAGAGAGGAGGAGGAAUAAGGGGCGCCACGUGCCCAUCCCCCAACCCGCCUUCUGGGCGCUUCUCAAAGCCGUCACACAUCGGAAUGUGAUCGCACAGCUGGAGAACAUCACGUAUAUCAGCACGGACGUGGGCCGGUGUCGCGCGUGGCUGCGCCUGGCUCUGAACGAAUGUCUGAUGGAAUGUUAUUUCCUGACCUUGCAGCGGGAGAAGUCUCGUCUGGGGGACUAUUAUCAGCCGUUCUCCCUCAUGCUGGACUCCGAGGACUGCCACGUGGUGCUGAGCUAUUUGCAGGGAUUGUCCUCCUUGUCCUUCAAUUUGUCCUUCAAGUCUUCAAUAUUAAAUGAAUGGACGUUGUCACCUCUGUCAUUAGCCGGCCUGUGGCUGGAGGACACGGAACCCCUCGUUCCCUACGAACCUCACCGGAGGAAGUCCCUGGACUCCGUGUCUCAGUCCUCCAGCUCGGAUGAUGCUAACCACUCCAUGAUUGGUGGAAGUCAGAGCAAGGCGGAGUCCUCGGCUCUCAGUCUGGAUACUGGUAGCUCCUCCUCCAGCCUGGGCUCCGAUGAGCAGAGCAGGGGCCACACAGCCCCCAUCCUGGCCCCGAGCUCCACCUUCUCUUCAAUGGCUACAGAUGAAGCCGACACUGAGGAGCUCAGCAAAUCUCCAGCAGAGAAAAUCUCAGAGCGUAUGAUCCGCUUUAUCGAGUGUCCCUCCAAUGGUGUCCCCCCUUCCAAUGGUGUCCCCCCUUCCAAUGAUGUCCCCCCUUCCAAUGGUGUCCCCCCUUCCAAUGAGUCUUUGGCCAGUGAUGGCUCAGAGCCGGUGCAUGAAGGCGGCAGUGUGACUGACACCAAGGACUCCAGUGAAGUGGCGUAUGAUCCGGGGGCAGACACGCAGACACUCUCACAGAGCAAAUCUCAGAGUGACGUGACGGCUCUGCCAGCACCCCCUGCGGAGCUUCCAAAAAGCAGAAGUUGGAUUUCAGAAGAAGAUUUCACACAAGUAGAGCCCAAUAUUCCUGCGGAGGAGCCCCGCCCCCCUGGGCGUGUCCUGCCUUCCCACCCCUCAGAUCCCGCCCCCCCUCUGUCUGAUGGGCAGAACCAGCCUGGCAAAACCUUCCACGUUGUCCACCGGAGGCAGAUAGGACUUUCCAACCCUUUCCGGGGUCUCUUGAUGAUGGGAUCUUUGGAGCGGAAGACCACUUUAGGAUUGUACAAGCCGUAUUACUGUGAGCUGACGCCGUACGAGUUCCGCCUGCAGCCGGAGGGCGACCAGCAAAGCUGCGCUGAGACUUGCUCUUUGCUGCGCUGUGAGUCGGCGGGUCCGGCGCAUACCGACGGGCGCUUUGAUCUUCAGUUUCACCACAAACGUUUGUACCUGAGGGCGGCUUCUAGAGACGAGGCCCAGGACUGGGUGGACCGGAUAACUGAAGCCAUCCAGAAGUUCAGACCCAGUAAAGAUGACGCCUGGGAGAUUCUACAUGUUGCCAACUCUCCCCACAGCCCCCCGGACCUAAAGACCAACUCUCCCCACAGCCCCCCGGACCUAAAGAUCAUCUCUCCAAUGACCAAUGAGAGUUCCUCGGCACCCUUGGCAUUUGAUUGGGGAUGUCCGCUGGAGGUGGAGCCAGAUGCAUUGAAGGAGUCCGUCCUCUACAUGAGGAUACACAAGAAGUGGACUCGAUUUGUCUUCUCGUUGUCGGAUCGAGCUUUGAAAUGUUUUAUUCCCCGGCGCGCCGAGAAAUCCCUUUAUGGUGUUUACGGCAUUGAAACGGUGAAAGACAUUCUGCCGGACUCCAGCCUCGGCAGCCCCUCCUGCUUCCGCCUGGUGACCACCAAAGGUUCCCUCCAGCUACAAGCUGAGAGUGCACAGGAAGCCAAGGCCUGGCGGGAGCUGGUCCGUGCCGCGUACCUGGGAUCGGAGGACGACCCUUCUUUCCUUCCAAGUGUUGGAAAUUUUCAAAUAAAAUCUCACAUCAAGGAACAUCUCCUCUUCCAGUAUCUCCUCCAUAUUCCCACCGAGAGAGGGCUGGACAUGCAGAACUUCAAGUGUGCAGGUUGCCACAAGCAGAUUGGGUUGCAGUUUGGAACGGCCAAGAUGUGUGCUUACUCUUGCAUGUACUAUUGUGACUUGUGCCAUCAGGAUGAGAGGUCGGUCAUCCCCUCUAGAAUUGUCCAUAAUUGGGAUAUGUCCGAGCGAGCGGUGUCCCGGCCGGCCAUAAACUUCCUGAAGUUGGUGCAGAAUGAGCCGCUCUUUAACGUGAAGUAUUUGAAUGAGCGCCUGUACCAGCACACGGAGACCAUGCGUCAGAUGCAGCGCAACCGCGAGAAGCUGCGUCUCCUCGGAGAAUAUCUGAUGACGUGUCGCAGUGGAGCUCUGCAGGAACUGAGCGCAAGUUUGGAUCAGCGCAAUUACCUUCUGGACUGCGCUCACACAUACAGCGUGCGGGACCUCAAACAGAUCACUGACGGGGAGUUUGAUCCCGUCCUCCGGUGUGCGGUGGAGUUUGCCGGCCGGCACGUCUAUCGGUGUGAUAUCUGCAGUCAGAGAGGAUUCAUCUGCCAGAUCUGUAACCACAAUGAGAUCAUCUACCCCUUCCAGCUCGAUACAACCAGCAGAUGUGCGGAAUGUAAAGCGGUCUUCCAUGUUCCAUGCCGGGCUGAGCAGACCCAGUGCCCGCGCUGCCUGCGGAGGAGGAGGAGGCGGUACCAGGACCCGGCACUCUAUUCUUCUCCAUAG